AGUUCUAAGAGCGCAUUUUCUGCUUUUCCUCAGAUUAUUUCAGACUAAGUUCAGCACAUUGUUUCUUGAACUGUCCUCACAGAGGUAGUCUACUGAUUUUUGUCUGUUAUCACACAGAAAAAAGACCCUCUUGGCCUGAUUUGUCCCCACCAAGGAGCUCCGCCCGUUGCUCCCUUUGAUGCAAGAGAAGAUGCAGGGCUUGUGAUGAAGUCAGUAAACCACAACCUUCAGCACUGCGCCGGGGCCGCAGCAAAGGCCCGGCUGUGUGGGGUCACAGCACAAACCUGACAUGCCCUCGAGCCCCUUCCAGACGGCCACUCCUGCAGCAUGGAGCAGAGAGAAAUCCUGCACAAGUACCUGGACCAGGCCCAGAACAAGAAGAUCAACAAAGAGGAGUUUGGGAAUGAAUUUCUGAAGCUGAAAAGACAAUCAACCAAGUAUAAGGUAGACAAAACCUACCCGACAACUGUUGCGGAGAGACCCAAGAAUCUCAAGAAAAACAGAUAUAAGGAUAUCUUACCUUAUGAUCACAGCCGGGUAGAGCUGUCCCUGAUCCCCUCUGAUGAGGACUCCAACUACAUCAAUGCCAACUUCAUUAAGGGAGUUUAUGGACCCAAAGCUUAUAUUGCCACUCAGGGACCUUUGCCUACAACUGUCCUGGACUUCUGGAGGAUGAUUUGGGAAUAUAGUGUCCUGAUCAUUGUGAUGGCGUGCAUGGAGUUUGAGAUGGGGAAGAAAAAGUGCGAGCGCUACUGGGCUGAGCCAGGAGAAACACCACUACAAGUGGGGCCUUUCUCCAUAAGCUGUGAGGCUGAAAAAAGAAAAUCUGAUUACAUCAUCAGGACUCUCAAAGCCAAGUUCAAAAGCGAGACUCGAACCAUCUACCAGUUUCAUUACAAGAACUGGCCAGACCAUGACGUGCCGGCCUCCAUCGACCCUAUUCUUGAGCUCAUCUGGGAUGUGCGCGGCUUGCAAGAGGACGACAGUGUCCCCGUGUGCAUUCACUGCAGUGCCGGCUGUGGAAGGACAGGUGUUCUCUGUGCCAUUGACUAUGCGUGGAUGUUGCUAAAAGAUGGGAUAAUUCCAGAGAACUUCAAUGUUUUUAGUUUGAUCCAGGAAAUGCGAACACAGAGGCCUUCAUUUGUUCAAACUCAGGAACAGUACGAGCUGGUCUACAAAGCUGUGUUAGAGCUAUUUAAGAGACAGUUGGAAAUAAUCAGCAAUAAAUACUCUGGAACAGAGAUUCAAGCAAAGUAUUCAGCUCCUCAGCAAACUCCUACUCUAGAAGACUCUUAUUCUCUUAAUUUACCAGAAAGUACAAAAGAAGCAAAAAUGAUGAACCAACAGAGCCCAGAAAGGAAAAAUGCAGCAACUUCUACCUUUGACCUUUGGCCUUUUGAAACAAACGAAAAGCAAGGAUUCGCUUUGCACCCUGCUAAGCAGAGUAGUUCUCUGGACUUUUUGGAGCUAAAUUGUAGUUGUAACAAACCAACCAUUAACUGGGAGACGGAGACAUUCCCGAUAGCUGGAGAGCCUCUUCAGAAGCGCAACAGUUUGGACUUGAGCUCCAUUUUCUUUGAAGCCUGUCCUAAUUCUAAAUCUGUAUCUGCAACAGAAAGAUAUUUUAAUCCAAAGAGGCCAAUAACACGGACCAAAUCAACUCCCUUUGAAUUGAUACAGCAGAGAGACACCAGGGAGUUGGACAUCAGAGGAAAUUUUUCUGAUUUGGAAUCUCGGCCACGUCAUUCCUUUCUUGAGGAUUCUCAGAGAGGGACGCACGUUUCUUCAGCGGAAGUGAACUACCCCCUGUCUUAUGACACUCCGCAGCAAAUAUUUCAUCCAUCUAGCACAAGGCAGCGUGUCUCCAGUGAUUUCAAUUUAUAUUUUGAUACGUCUUUAGUAGAGGAUCCUUAUUUUUCAUCGUCUCCAACUAGUACCGGUUCAAAGAUGUCUCUGGACUUUCCUGAAAAGCAAGAUGCAACUGUCUUGCCUAGUUUUUCAUUGCCAUUAUCCUCUACGCUCUUUUCUUAUUGUCAUUCCGGGGAUGCGUUAGCCCUGAAUCCUUCAAACACAUCCCUCCCAGCACUGAACCAAGAGACAGAAGCAGUAGCACCUUCUGCAAAGAUAGAAGAUGAAAUCCCCCCUCCACUUCCUGAACGGACACCUGAAUCUUUUAUUGUGGCAGACGAAGCUGGAGAAUUCUCUCCAAAUGUCCCCAAAUCCUUAACUUCUGCUAUGAAGAUUGGAACAUCCCUAGAAUCUGAGUCAGAGAAACCUGAUGACUCUGUAAGACUUAGACCAAGCAAGAGUGUAAAACUCCAGAGUCCCAAACCAGAUCUCCAUGAAGAGCGUUCUUCUCCCUCACCACCUCCACUCCCAGAAAGAACUGCAGAGUCCUUCUUUCUUGCUGAUGAAGAUUGUAUGCAGCCUCAAGCCAUAGAGACUUAUUCCACUAGUUGUCCUAACUCUGUGGAAGACUCUAUGUCUUCACAACAGACAUCGAAGACUCCUGCAAAGUGCUUCACAAGGAGCAAGAGCUUGAAAAUUUUGCGGAACAUGAAAAAGAGUAUUUGUACUUCGUCCCCAUCAAACAAGCCUCCGGAGUCUGGUCAGUCAAAUAACUCCACUUCCUUUCUGAAUUUUGGUUUUGCAAAUCGUUUUUCAAAACCCAAAGGACCAAGGAAACCACCAACAACUUGGAAUAUUUAACACAAUUCAGAAUACGGAUUGCAAGUGCAUCUGCAAAUAAAAUUGCUAGAAAACUGGUAGAUAAAACAAGUACUUUAUAGGCAAAUAUCAACGUGAAGAUAUGAUAGUGUGGUAAUAGCUUUUUAAAGGAAAAGCAUUAUGGAAAUAAGUGCCAGAAAUUUUACAUUUUCACCACAUUAACUUUGGGUUAAUAAAAGCUCACUUGAACUUAUGUAGAGAAUAUUGUAUGAAAACGUGUUACAGUGGGUUUUUCAUUUUUGGAAAUUGGUUUUAUUCUACUGUCCUACAUAGAUACAAACUUUAAAAAGUUUUGU